GCGGUCACUCGGCGUGACUGGGGGAGGGACAUGGCAGCGGGGCCGGCGGGGCGGGGAGCCUGCUGCUGCCAGGCCGCGGCGUGAAGGAGGGCCCGAGUUUGCUGGGCCUGCUCAAGGCCGCCCACCCUCGCAACUCCUCGGCCUCAACGCCUCCCUCGAGUGUCUCUGCACGUUCAGGGCGCGUCCUCAUCACUCACAACCUCUCAAGCCUUUCCUCACUAGCUGGUACACCCAACAUUUAAGAUCAGCUUCCAAGCAUCGUGUUGUCAGUUCUUCCACCUUCAUUCUGGACGUCAAAUUUCUGGGCAUCGGGCGUCACGUAGCCCAGGAGUGGGGUCAGAAAUUUGGGUAUAAAAUAUGGCAGAAGGCCAUGUCGCUGUCUUCCUACUGCUUUUUGGACACUUUUAUAUUGGUCUAAUGCAGAGUAAUACAACGAACAGUGAGUCACAAAAUGCCUCCUGCCCCGUCUUGUGCACCUGUACAUCUUGGCUUUUGUCCUGCAUUGGAGCUGGGAAGUGGCAUCAGCUGGAUAAUGUACCGUUCAUCAGAGGGUCAUCAUACAUUUUCAACACUCUGGAAUUAGGUGAAAAUGAUAUCACCACUGUUCAAGAAAGUAAUUGGUUACCCUACAGAUGGACAGAAACCUUAGAUCUACAUGGAAAUCAGCUUCAAACAUUACAGAAGGAUUCAUUUGAAGGGCUCAUCUUAGUAAAGAAACUGAAUCUUUCUGGAAAUGUCAUCACAAAAAUUGCUGGGUUUACUUUUCAAGCACUACCGUUCCUGGAGAAUCUCGAUCUUUCUGGCAAUAAGGUUGCAAAGCUACUUGAUGGAACAUUCAAAUCGUGGCAUGGAUUACGUUUCUUUAGACAAUUGAACUUGAAUGCUAACCCAUUAGAAGUAAUAGAGAAUGAUGCAUUUGAUAAAUUACCUUCAAUGCAGUACCUAGACCUGCGUGGAACCAAGCUCUCUGUUCAAAUGAUGUACCCAGCUUUUGUGGCAGUUCCAAACAUUGUUCAGCUUGAUUUGCCUGAUGGAGUGAGGUGCUGCCUUUGCUAUGUUGCCCGAACUAUUGAAAUUCUCUACAAUACUGUGAAGAUAGAGUGUUCAAAUCCAUGUGCAAAUGACACCUCAUGUGAUGUAAGUGAGACUUUUCUGAUGAUUAAUGGGACUGUGCUAAGAUCUCAGAUGUCCUUAAAGAACCAUAAAAUAUUGGAAUCAUUCAUGAAUCAAAAGGAUAACAGUGCAAAUUCACCUCGUGGAAACUCAUUUGCGAGGUCUUCCAAAUUAGGUUUGCUUCAUCAAAUAGAAGAAAGUGAAAAGAACAUAUAUAUUGGAAAUCAUUUAGAUCCACAUAUAGCUGCUGCAAAAGCAGCAAGUAUGCCUCAUUUAAGUAGAAUUAGACAAAGGCCAUCCUUUGAUAGAGAUGCUAGAUUUAGUCCACACCUAGCUAGAGCAAACCAUCUCCAAGUAAACAUUAAUGGAAGGCAACGUGGCAAUCAUGGUCCUCUGAAUAUAUUUGGUUCUGAUAAAAUACCAUUACAUCAAUUAACUCAUGGUUCACGUGAUUCUCACAACCGUGGUAUUCCCAUGGAAGCAGGUUCUCAAUUUAAUAUUCAGGAUAAAGAUUUUAAUCUCCAAAAACACAAAGUAAUAAAGAGAGUUAAAAGGGAGCCUGCAUCAGAUGAUUCACAAGCUGAUGACGACAAGGAAGUGAAGGCAACUACAAUUAUAAUAAUCCCACCAACAACUACAGAACCACCAGAAAUCAUGUAUGAAUUUGAAUCAGUUUACCCAGAAGUUGUGGAACUGGAGAUUGCAAUGCCAACAGAGACAACAACACAAACCACCACAGAGCAAGACGAGAAUAUUACUGUAUAUGAGAUAGCCGGUUCUAAAGGAAAAAAGGUACCCAAAGAGAUCAUUGUAGUGGAAACAAAUGUUUCCAAAUCCUCUGACAAACCUAAACACGCGCCACUUGCUAGUAAAGCACUCAAUCCUGCACAUUUCAGUAGGGCUCUUCAAGUAUCUGAGACUAUUGAAAUUGGUGACAAUGAUGCUGCUAAUGCUUCUGAUGAUUCUUGGGUCAAUCCUCUAGGACAGUUUCUAGAUAAUGCUGUGAAGGAGAGUCCUGAUACAAGUUUCAGGCCAAGUCCUGAAACAACUCCGGCCACCAAAAGACUUUCUCAAGAGGAAUUUAUUAAACUAUUCAACGAAGCAUAUAGGAAAGCCAAAGAGGCUAAUAACACUCAAGAGCAAAAUGGCGUCUUGGAAUAUGAAGGGACAACCAGCAAUCCAGACAUAGACACGCAGGAAGGUAAUAAUGAUUUAUUUCCCCCCGUACAUCCCAAGAAAAUAAUAAAGGAAUCAGUUAAAAGUUCUUCAUCAAAUAAUUCUAAAACCAAAACAAAUGUUGAUGAUAUGUUUGAGACUAAAGUUAAUGAAGAAGUACGAGCUGUAGAACCCAACAAGGAUAUACAAACUCUGUUUGCUCACGUAAUAAGAAUAAUUAAGAUAGAUUGUCUGAAACCUAAAUUAAAAGCUGCUUGUACAGACCUCCUUACCAAAAUAGGACACCUAAUGAAGCAGUAUGAAGGAAAAGAGUAUUUACCUGAACUAGGGUCUUGGAAUCCUUCUCUUUUGCGUCCAGACGAAAAAGAAGAAGGAGAUGGCAAAGAACCAGAGGUUUUCCCUCCACCGUUGUCGCGACCAGAACAAAAGCAGAAAUCGCGCAAAGGACAGGACGCAUCAAAAGGAAAUUACGUGCCGAACUAUGCUGAAAUACACACAGAGCAGCCAAAGAAGAAUGCAAGUUUAUCUGCAGUGGAGUAUGGGCACAAACUUCUGCUGGCUAUCGCAGUCACUGUUGUAGUGAUGAUUAUUAUUGCAGUGGUUUGUCUAAUAGAGAUUUGCUCUCAAAGGUCAGAAUCAAAGACACCUGCAGGAGAUGCUGCUAAAAAGGAAUCUAAGAGCCCUCUGAAGAAAGUUACAGACCGGUUAACAGGAAAAAAAUCAAAGAAAGAUGCUCAACAGACGCCCCUAUUGGACGAAGACAUGGAUCUACCUAAGCCACUUUGGCUUCAAGACUUGUACCAGCCAUUAGACUCAGUUCGCAAGAAAUCAAUGGGUCAUGGGUCACAUUACAAAGAAUCCUCUGAUGAGGAAGAAGUAUUUAGCAGAUCUCAUAUGAGUGCACCCACUGAGAGCAGGAAUCCAUAAGGACCCUUUUAGAAAAUUCGAAAUUUUUUCGCUUCACAAGGUGCAUCUUUCAAAGAGCAAAUACUUUGUUUGAGAAGAAUUCUUUAUUAAUAAAAUAAUGUGCUAUCACUUGUCAAUUAAUAGUUUUAUAAUACAAAUAGAAUUUGUACUUUAUAUGGAAGUGUUGAAACUGUUAUUGUGAUAUAACCAUCUGCGGAAAUAUAUUAUAUAUCACUUGUGAAUACCAUUUCUUACUGUUUCAGCUUCAUAAAAAUAAAAGACAAAUUAGUAUGAAAUACAAAAGUACUACUGUCUGAUAAUACACAGUAGAACAACAAGCCACGUACAGCAGCAUUCGCUUUAAACGGCCGCAACUAAACUUUGUCUAUUAUAAACUUUAAGACAUUUGUCUUUCAAAUAUAAUUCACUAUUAUUUAAUAAUUUGUGUAAAAAAUAUGUAAAUAUUGACUGCAGUUAAGUGUUACAGUAGGAAACUGCUUACCUGAAGGAGUAAGUUGCAGUGUAUUGCACCCAAAGGUUGGGUUACUGCACACAAGGCCACAUCUACUUGUGUAUGAGAAAUAGUUUGCUAUGUACAGCUGAAACCGGUCAAUGUUUAGUUUUGUCCUUGAACUGAAUUUAUUUCAAAAAUUUAAGUAUUCUCACUCAUUCUUUAAGGCUAUGCCACCAGUCGUGUAUUCCGGUCUAAUGUCCGCAAAUGUCAAUUACUGAUUAAUUAAUGUCAUCAAUUAGGUAAAGGUCUAGCUUUUCUUCCACAAGAUGACUCGAUAACCAAUUGUGUGUAUUAUUUCAAUUAAAAAGUUUAAUAAACAUAUACACAUGGUGGUCCA